CCUCACGCCAUCGUUUCAUCAUGGAGAAAGUCUGUCAUCCUUCUUUUCAGCUUGGACUCUGCAAUUUUCACAAUGCUCAAUACUAGAACAAGACGCAUUUCUUAAGUUUUUUUCCAUUUCUUUCUAGGCGGAGUUAAUGAACCAUUCCAGAAUUGAAUCGUUGACAGGGAGACGUUAAAGAACCAUCAAGAUGAGCACUUAUUCAACUAUUGUUGAAUGGCUCAAUGAGGCAACUACUGCCUCUUCAGAGUACGACAAGGUAGAACAGCUUACUAAAGUUCGGGAUCUCAUCUUACGAGCAGAGGCCAAUCAGCUAGACAAUUUCCUUGAUGAAAUGCUUGCAUUUCAGACUGAUCGCAGCAUAGAAGUUAGAAAAUUUGUCGUAGCUUUCAUCGAAGAAGCAUGUAAGAAGGAUAAGGACAUCAUCCCGAAAAUCAUGAUUAAUGUUCUGACAUUAAUACACGAUCCCUCAGUGCAUGUCCAGAAACGUGUGAUCCAAGCCUCAAGCACAAUCUAUCGGUGCGCUUUGGCACUAAUCGCAGAAUCAGGACAGUCUAACAAUGACUUACAGUCGCUCUGGAACAAGCUGACGAAUUUGAAAGCGCUAAUCAUUGACUUAGUCGAUAGUGAUAACGAUGGUAUUCGUACGCACACAGUCAAAUUUCUAGAAACUAUAAUAUUGCUGCAGUCUUAUCCCGAUGCUGAUGCUCCAAAGAAGCCUAACGAUUUUUCACUAGAGGAUAUACCUCUCACGCUGAAAGUCAUUCGGCGGAGAAAGUUGGAAGAAGAGGCCAACGUUGUGUUUGACCUACUGGUGAAAUUUCAUGGAUCCUCACACAUCAGUAGUAAUAAUCUUAUGACAUGUAUGGGUUCUCUGACGAACAUAGCAAAAUCAAGACCUCAGUACAUGGGCAAAGUCGUCGCUGCUUUGGAAACUCUACACACCAAUUUGCCUCCAACUUUGUUCAAAACCCAAGUUUCAUCAGUCCGCAAACAUCUGAAAAUUCAACUGCUAAGUCUUUUAAAGCAUCCAGCAUCCGUAGAUUUCCAUGGGAACAUCACUACCCUACUAACAGAUCUUGGAGCAACUUGCAAUGAGGUCAUGAAAGCGUACCCAAGUCCGGAGGAUCUCCGAAAAAGGAUGAGCAUGAAACGCACCCAGGAAAUCAUUUCAAACAACGGGACUGGUGCUCCUCCCAAAAAGAUGAAAAUAGAAACAACUCCUGUUCAGGAGGAAAAUUCUCAACCCUCCACCGAGUCAACGCUGGACAGUAUGGAAGCUUGGAUUUUGAGCCGUUUGACGCCUCAGAUUGCUGCAGAAUUAGUUGCAGUCUCACUUACAAAACUUCCAGAGGUCAUGCCACCUCUUUUCAGCGCUACCUACACACCCAUUGCAGCUGCAGGAACUCCGCAGCAGAUCAAACAUGUUGCUCGACUUUUGGCAACACAAAUCAGCACUGCAGGACUAGGCACAGGACAAAUUGAGCUCAACAAAAAACAGAUUCAGAAAAUAAUCAGUGAGAAACCUGACGAGGAUGAGUACGAAGAAGGGGAAGAACGCAAGAUCAAAACUGUGAUAACGGCGAAGGAAGAACCUGCGUCGAUCCCGGUUCCAGUGCCUGCUCCGCCCCCAAUCAAAAUAACAAAACCGCUGACCCACAAACCACAUCGGAUAAUGUCUUUGAAACUAACUGAAGUGGUGAAGCCGUUAUCAUCUUAUGCUCAGAAAGACCAAAUGGUGAAAGCAGUCGUACGAAUUUUGGAGAGCGAGAAGGUCGCUAGAUUAGGAGGUGUCAACAAACAGAGACUGAAGCUCAUCACAACGCUUGCAUCAACGUUCAAUGAUACAGUGAAGGAAGCUGUCUUAGAGUACUUGCUGGCUGACCUGCGAUCAAGAAUAGACAUCGCUCUAUCGUGGCUUUAUACCGAGUACUCUUUUAUCCAAGGAUUUGCCAAAAUUCCUGUAGUCAUGGAAGGAAGAAAUGUGGAGCAAGGUUAUAACCACUUGAUAUGUUCUCUGGCAAAUAGCAUAAUCCGUAACACUGACAUCAAGGAUAAAGAUAGUCUAAUGAGCAAAUUGUAUCUAGAAGCCCCACAUCUUACUGAAGAUGCAAUCGACAUUUUGAAAGAUUUUGCCUCUCGGGAAAUCAGUGGUCUCAACAUACUCCAAACUCUCGUUUUGAAGCGGCCACCACGUCAACUGCUUUACUUGAACACGCUUCUGAUGAUAACUGGCCACGAGGUUGUUGAAAUCCGCGAUAAAGCGAUUUCUCUCAUUCUUGAACUGUUCCAUAAGAGCGAUCUGAGGAACAUUAUCGAGGAAUAUGCCGUGUUUUACUUAGGAUUCCUCAAAUUACCCCAACCACCGGAUGUGAUCUUUGGAGCAGACAAAGGUAGACCGCUGUCAACAGAAACCUGGACAGAAGAGGCUGCGAAAGUUUGUUUAUACCUCUACCUUGCAUUAGUCGCAUUGAACGAAGAAUUAAUCCACGAGCUGGCAAUAGUUUAUGUGCAGACAACGGCAGACGUGAAACGUGUUAUCUUACGAUUAUUAGAGACGCCAGUUAAAGAGAUGGAAAUGAAUUCACCAUCGAUCUUAAAACUUGUAGAAGAGUGCCCGAAAGGUGCAGAGACUCUUGUCACACGAGUGAUUCACAUUCUUACGGAGAAACGCCCACCCAGUGCCGAAUUAGUAGAACGAGUGCGGACUUUGUAUAAUACGCGAGUAUCUGACAUACGUUUCUUAAUUCCUGUUCUCAAUGGCCUCACCAAGAAAGAAGUAAUUGCCGCGCUUCCUAAAUUAAUCAAACUGAAUCCUAAUGUAGUCAAAGAAGUGUUCAACAGACUGUUAGGUUAUAAUUCUGAUAACUCAUCCUCUCCGUUGACUCCGGCAGAAUUGUUAAUAGCACUUCAUAAUAUAGACUCCACCAAGUGUGAAUUGAAAGUCGUGAUCAAGGCUACCUCACUCUGCAUGGCAGAGCGAGCAGUUUACACGCAGGAGGUAUUGGCAAUUGUUAUGCAGAACUUAAUGGAAAUGACCCCGUUGCCGACACUUCUUAUGCGGACUGUUAUUCAAUCUUUGUCGUUAUACCCCAAGCUCAUCGGUUUUGUGAUGAAUGUACUGCAAAGGCUGAUAUUGAAGCAGGUUUGGAGGCAGAAGAAAGUGUGGGAAGGAUUCAUCAAAUGCUGUCAAAGGACAAAACCGCAGAGCUUCCAGGUGUUGCUUCAGUUGCCAGCGGAACAGCUAGCAGAUGUUUUUGAUGCUUCCCCAGACCUACGCCCUGCACUGCUGGAACACAUUGUGACAUUCACGGACAUGCAACGGUCACACAUUCCUCAACCAGUAAUGGACAUUCUGUACGGUCAAAACACUCAGUUUACCUCAUUCAAUGCUGUGAAAGCGGAGCCAAUGUCUCCACCAGAUCUGACUAUCGACAUGGAGAGCUAGUCGUAAACUUUCAAAAGGUACCCUCGUAAAACUGUGAUAAGAUAGACGCACAAGCGUCAGCAUUUUAAUUUUUAAAAUGUACCUCUAUUUUUUGUAUUUUUCAACUAUGUUUGAUACAUGAAGUUGUAAUUAUUAUUUAUGGAGCAGUUAUGUUUGAGAAUAAUUGAGAUUUUCAAAAUUUCUAACAGUUUUGACGAUUUGUCUCCGCUUAAUUUAUUCAUUCUCAAGUCUAACGUAGUGUUGGGAUAUCAGUGGACAUAAUUGUCAAGUUGCAAAAAUCGGCCUUCGGAAAGGUUGUAAGUAUCAUUAGGCCAAUAGACGAUAAGCCAAAGCAUAGCUUUUCUAAGAUAAUUGUUUUAAUUUUUGAUGAAAUUAAUUGAACAAUCAAUAAAAAAUUUGAUGUAAUUGUUGGAGCUAAAGGACUUGAACUUAUUUACGAAAACAUAUGCAAAGGACCUAGUUUUUGGAUAUAGAGCCGGUCAGAAAGUCAAUCACUUCUCCCCGUCCCUUUUUAAAAUCUUCAUAAGUGGAACAAUGUGAUUCAUUUUGCUCUAAAAUUUUCUGUCAGGAUAUAGGUACUAAGUUCACUUAGUUUGGAUUUUGUGACAUUUUGAACCAAUGAGGUUAAACAUAGGGAGGUAUAUUCAAUUCAGAUUUUUAAGACAAAACCAAUAAAUUGAUAAAUUUUUGUAGAUUUCCAAGAGCAGAAACUUAUCUUUUAAAUAAACUUUUUGUUCACUGAAUAUUAUGUAGUUGGUAACAUUUUGAAGUAUGGUUGAGCAGCACAUUGUCUACUUACAGCAAGAAGGUGGUAACUUUUGAGACCGUGCCAAUAUUUUGGAAGCAAUUUUUGUAGGGCGAAUUGUGUUCCAUAUAAAAUUUUGAAGAAGAAACGAGUAUCAAAAUGCUUCAAUUUGUACCUUGUCUGGUGGUUUGCAUCAUUAUGGGUGUACAUCAGCGGAACAAGAGGCAAUUUAAUAGGUUCUUUUAUAGAAAUUAAGCCUUCAAAGCAGCAAUCCAUGAAUAAUUCUACUGUGUAUGCGGAAACCGCGCUAAAUCUGAUUUAUUCCUGGUUUUCGGUGGGCCAAGGUAGUUUAUCUUGCAAACUUCAUUGACGGGUCAAAGAUCUCUUAAUGCAUGCAAGUUUUUGCUGAGAGCGUUGGUCAUAGAUUUGGUUAAAAAACUGCGUACCUUUGCAUCCCUGAAAAUCUGAGAAAAUUCUUGAUGAAUCCUGUAUUUCUUUCAUUUAAAGCUUUUAAAAAAUUCAAUUAACUCUAUGCCAAGUACAUGUUAAUGUUUGUUUAAUAACAUUUUAGUCCUUUUGAUUUUUGAAUAGAACCCAUCUAAGGGAAAUCCCAUCUAUAGGGAAUUUAAAUUAUCAUCAAGAUUUUACAUUAAAUCUUGCACUCCAGCCCCUUAACUGUGUUUUUUUAUUUUUUAAUUUACUAUUUAUUUAUAUUGUUAAAGCAAAAGAACUUUUGAACUACUGAAUGUAGUCACAUUAGAAUCUAUUGUGUCUCGCUAAAAGUGAAGUAUAAGAGAUCAAAAACUGUAGGAUUUUCCAGAAUUCUUCAAUUCGAUUUUAAAAAAAGUUUAAGCAUUAGAAAGAACCAAAAAUAAUCCAAAAAUUAAAGAAUUUCCAACUGGCAAAGAUGUUUAAAAAGGAACAUAUUUCAAGACCCCACAGUGCCUUCUAAGCUAAACUUUGACUCAAGGUCCUGAAUGUAGCACCUACUGAUUUGGGAGUUCUGUAACAUUAAAAUUUGUCUGAUUUGUUUCUGAUUUCUGGAUUUGAAUCUAUUUGUUUCACUUGAUCUCAUUUUUUUCUAAUAUAUGGAUUUAGAAUGAAAUAGAUUUUUUUCAAAAGGAAGCAUUCUUACGAUCAUGAUCAUGUCGGUGAUUGUAACUCAUCUAUUUGUUUUCAUUUGGGCCUAGGUUUUGAUUUUUCCGAGGGCUCGCAGCUCAUUCCCUUGUAGUGACAAUUCUCGCAAGCUGACAACACUGCAGGCUGAUUAUUGAAAUUUAUAGACAAAGCUAUAGACGAAGAAGACAUAGGAAAUAUGGAGCAAUCCUAUUAAUUGAAAUGGUUUGUUCCUUUAGACUGGGAAAGAAACUGAUGGACUAAAUACUCUUUUGGGUUGCUUAGUUAGUAUUUUAUCUACCUUCUUUGUCCAUCGCAACCAUCCGCUUCCAACAAUAGGAUCCCUCCAUAUCCCUUUUGUCUUUUUUGUCAAUAGCUUUGUCUAUCAAUUUCAAGAAUCAGCCGGCUGGGCUCUGUUCAUUUAAAUUCAUGUGAAACAGUCAAUAUUCAUCAAGGUAGGCUGCUUCACCUAGAGGGGGUCGCUAGAUAAGUUAUGCAUUCAUGUAAUCAGAUAUAUUUUUCCGUUUCAAAUCGCACGUAGAUCACAAUUAGUACAUCGAUAAUAACUGAAUUUAACUAUCAACCAAGAUUUUUAACAUUUUUCUUUAUCAUAGGUCACGAAAAGUUUGAUUUUUCCAUUCACAUGAAAACUUUGAGUCUCCUUGAAUUAAAUUGCGCGCUACAACAGUUUUGGCAGGCUUCUCAGUGAGCAGUGUUUCUUCUCAGCCCUGUGUUGUGCAACGAGUGAACAAUGUGUGAAAGCUGAGCCAAAGCGACGAUGUAGAGGUUGUCAUAUUUUCAUACUACAAAGAUUGUCACUGUAACGUUCAGUGUGCGAUUUAACUCCAGUAGAUAAUGGUUUUUUUAAUAAGCAGGAAGUUUGAACUUCUACGUCAGAAAACGUUAAUAUAUUAGUUAGGAGUUACCUUCAGUAAUUGGCGGCGUACAAAUCGUGUACAGCAUGAAAUUUUAAUAAGAAAACGUGUAUCAUAAUGCUUAAAUUUGCACCCUGUCCUGUGGUUUAUUGCUGUUUUACAAAGAAUUUAAAUGAAGUUAAACAGCAGUGUUACAAAAAGCCUACCCCGGGCUGUAGCGCCAUUAGUAAAUAAACACUGUUAGAAACUAGCGAUCAUUGCUAGUCCAUCUCUGAAUUAAGAUGUUAAAAACCAUAGAAUUUUUUAUUGUGUAUAUCCACUAAAAUUUGCUCAGAUCCAAAGCAUAAUUAAAAUUUUGCCCCUGUCCGAAUUAAGCUUAUGGAGACUGCAUUUCAUUGUGAAGUGUUAUAACCCUGUAAUUAGAAUACUAUGUACCUAAGGUAAUUCUUAGCUAUGACUAAUCUGGAAUUUGUAUAUAAUCACAAGAGACUCUUGAAUCGGGCCAAUGUUCGUAUUUUUACUAAAAUACAUGUGAUUACCUUUGGUCUAA